AUGUUUGUAUUUCGAUUUGCUUUGUUGGCUCUUUUGCCCUCAGAAACAUAUUUACAUUCUGUUCUCGACUUCUAUGUCCACUUACAGCAAGGACUAACCGCAGCAGAACUCGCUCGUUACCAGCACUACUUUGCCAUCUUCGACACGCUAAAGACGAUCACUACAGUUGUUGACGACUGGGAAGGAACCAGAACCCCGGGAAGUGAGGAAGUUAUUCUCGAUCUGCCUGAAGUCACCGCAACAAUCAGCGAAGCCGCUGAAGCUGAAGAAUCGGACGAUGAAGGCAUGAUGCAUCCCCACCAAGCUGACUAUUCCUCAAGUUAUCCCUCUCAAUACCAGAAAGAAUAUGUCAGAGCUUCUAUUCAACACCCGAAUAGCCUACAUCCCAUAGAGUCGUCGUUUGAAAAUGACCUCAUCUGGGGUGAAAUGGAGUACCUGAGUCAACCCAUGCGUAAGUUAACUCAAUCUCUCCCUUAA